GUAACUACAAGCCGGACAACUGGAAUCUCUCCUGCUGUUUCCGGUCUCUCUCGGACGCGUCGCCGCCCCCUCUCCUAGAUGGCGGCAGAUGGCGGAGGCGAGUCCUCCUCAGCCGGCGUCGGUGGUGGAGGAGGAGGACCGCAGGCCGGGUCGUUGGCGGAGGCGAGGAGGGCGCGGAGCGAGUCGAUCCCGCCGUACAUGAGGGCGGUGUCGGGGUCGCUGGGGGGGAUCAUGGAGGCGUGCUGCCUCCAGCCCAUCGACGUGAUCAAGACGCGGCUGCAGCUCGACCGGACGGGGAACUACCGGGGGAUCGCGCACUGCGGGGCGACGGUGGCGCGGACGGAGGUGCGGGCUCUCUGGAAGGGGCUCACCCCGUUCGCCACCCACCUCACCCUCAAGUACGCCCUUCGCAUGGGCUCCAACGCCCUCUUCCAGUCCGCCUUCAAGGACCCCGACACCGGCCACCUCUCCAACCGCGCCCGCGUCCUCUCCGGCUUCGGCGCCGGCGUCCUCGAGGCCCUCGUCAUCGUCACCCCCUUCGAGGUGGUCAAAAUCAGAUUGCAACAGCAAAAAGGUUUGAGCCCUGAGCUUUUGAAAUACAAGGGUCCAGUACAUUGUGCAAGGAUGAUCAUUCGUGAAGAAGGAAUUUUUGGGCUCUGGGCAGGAGCAGCACCCACUGUUAUGCGUAAUGGAACAAACCAGGCUGCCAUGUUCACAGCCAAGAAUGCAUUUGACAUCAUUCUGUGGAAGAAACAUGAAGGGGAUGGAAAAGUGCUUCAGCCGUGGCAAUCUAUGAUUUCUGGGUUCCUGGCUGGGAGUGCGGGUCCUGUCUGUACGGGGCCCUUUGAUGUUGUUAAGACAAGGUUAAUGGCCCAAAGCAGAUCAGGUGGUGAGGUCAAAUACAAGGGCAUGAUCCAUGCAAUCAGAACAAUAUUUGCCGAAGAGGGAUUACUAGCUCUUUGGAAAGGGUUGCUUCCCAGGCUUAUGAGGAUUCCACCUGGGCAGGCUAUUAUGUGGGCUGUUGCUGAUCAAGUGACCGGAUUCUAUGAAAAAAGAUACUUGCAGAGUGCUCACUUUUGAAUUUUUUUCCUUCUAAUCCCGCAUCAUCCAAAUUCAAGAAUAAUAGGAUUUUUUCUUGGGUCCUUUUCCUUUCAAAUACCUUGUGGGGCUUGCCCUCCUAAUCUGAAAUAAUAUAUAGACUGUAGAGAGUGAAAAAUUACAGAUGGUUUGGACAAACCUGUUGAGUCUUCCCGCGAGAAAACUGUUCACAGGUUUCGUUGGAAUUUACCAGAUACUGCUUCAAAUCCGGCAUGUGUUAAUAUCGUGAUAGCAUCUGUGGCUUGCAUUUGAAUCA